AUGGCUCAAGAAAUAAAGGACCAGCUUGAAUUCCGUAGGUGCAUAUCCGAGCCCAUGCGGUACCCACUCCAACCACGAUUAGGUCCAAUUCCAAUGCCUGAUAAAGACCCGGAGUGUGAGAGCUGUGAGGGCAAAUCUUGCUCAAAGCAUUCACGUCCUUACCUUGGGGUAUCGGAAAUUGGUGCUCGAGUUAUGCAGGGAAUCCCAUAUGUUAUGAAUGAUAGUGACUUGAAUCUUGAGCUUGGUUCUUUGUUCGCUCCUCCUAAGUCCUCUUCGAACAUUUUGGCAGACCAAGAACCGCUGAUGGUUGCUAUCCCUGGCAAUCCAAAGCCAUUCCUUGCCAUCUUCUGUGAAGAUCUCAAUAUCUCGCUCAUCAAAGAGUCUUUCUACCAAGAGUACUUCGCUCCAACUGGCAAGUCCACUCGUCGUAGUAUCCCCACUGAGCGGGGAAUUCUCGAUUACGAUGCUCGCUCAAUCGUCAGGUUCAACAAAGAUUCCCCUCUCUAUGUUCUUGAGAAGUUCACCAAGAACCAGCUUUUCAAUAUCAACCAAGAAGGGAGUAUGCAAGCAAUCGGCAUUACGAUGAUUCCCUUCUGCCUCCCACAUGACGCCAAAAAAACUCAUUGGAUCCAAGCUCUUGUCGUCAAGGAAUUAUUUCCAUGGAACAAAGGAGUUCAAGAAAACGUCAUGGCCGUCUUCGCACCUCGUGACUUCGCUGCUGGUAUUACUUAUGCUGGUGGUACCAGGCCCAUCCCUAUGCUCCACGAGAGUCCCAUCGGAUUGUUUCUUCAAGAGGGAUCGCUCCAAGUCUGGGUCUCAUCGCAAUACUACACUCCACCAGAAGAGAGCACCAAGACAACUGGAGCCAAAGACUCCCCACAGAAAAUACACUUCGGAUGUGGUGUCUACUUCAGUGAAAACAGUGCCUUUAAUGUCAGCAAGCAUUGGUACUGGGAUAGUGGCUCUUGCUUGCGGAAUGAACCCCUCGGGGACCUUAUCGCUGUCAUCACGCUUUUCCGUGAGUUGAAAGCUAUGACAGAGUUGAGGGGAAUCAUGCGCAAAGUCAAGGGAAUCACCAUCCAUCUCACUCAUACUGUUGCGCUCGGGCUAUUAGAAGCCGUUCGUCAAAAUAGCGGCGUCAACCGUCCCGAGUUCCAAGAACUUUGGUCUCGCGUUUUGAAGAAGUUCUUCAAGGAAUUCGAAGCCAUCGGAUGGCCAGCUCGAUUGAAGUGGGUUGAAGCUCAGAAAAAUGGGAAAGCAAAGGAGCUAGCUAUUAUGGCCACGCAGGAUAUUCCUUACACCAUCCAAUACAGCAAUUAUGAAACGAUCGAAGCUGCCUGCGAUGAACUCGCUCGCGUUGGGACGUUCGAUGUUAAGGGAAUUGAACACGAUGAGAAUACGCCGAUCACCAGGGUUCAUGAUGCUGGCUGGGAGAAUAUGAGGGGGCCACCUUUCCUUUCCAUUCGUUAUGAAGAACCUUUCCACUCUCUCAUGCGACAGUUGGAGAUUGCUGAAGCUGAACAUGAUCCACACUAUAACAACGAGGCAACCCCUGAGGAAGAUAUCUUCAAUCCAGCCAAUUAUCCUGGUUAG